UUUAAACUGGUGUGUCAGACACAGGGAGGCCAGCAGCUGAGGGAUCCAUAGCAACGCCUAUAAUCAUGAAUUACUACAGCAUUAGACCCUCCAGUUCUGCAAGUUUAUCCUCUACCUCAACCUCAGCUGCAAGUGUUCUUGAUGAUGAAAAUUCCAGCAUCCGACAGCAGAAACUGGAUAAGCAGCGUUCUCUCCUGGAGCAGAAGCAGCGGCGGAAGCGACAGGAGCCCCUAAUGGUGCAGCCCAACCCUGAGGCCAAGCCGCGGCGCUCCAAGCCCAGGAAGAGUGAGGAGCAGGCCCCGCUGGUGGAGUCCCAGCUCAGCAUCACCAGCGAUGUCAUCCUAGACGGUAUCGAUGGCCCGGCUGCAUUUUUGACUGCAGAAGUUCCGGAUCUUGGCACCAAAGUUGAGAUCCUGUCUGUGAGCCAGUCUACACCCAGCGAGGAUGGUGACAGAGAUGGUGACAGAGAGACCCUCCUCAAACCCUCAUCCAAACCAGAUAUACAAGACAUCAUGCAGAAGAGAGCUGAAAAACCCAGAGAGAAGGGGAUAAGUUCGGGGGCCGAGACAGGGUGUGACGCAGUGGAGAAAGGGUCCCUAGAUGAGAUCCCUGUGGAGCCAAUGCCACCCCCCAUGUCAGCCCGCGAGAAACUGAUACAAUCAGGGAUCUCUGGCAGUCUGAACUUUGAUGAAGAAGACAGUGAUGAUGACGAAAAGAGUGCCAGAUCACAGUCUCCACACUCUGAGAACCCCCGACCUGCCUCCACCACCACCAUCAAAUCCAGCACCGACCGAGAUGCCCCUACUUCUCCCCAGGCAGACGGCUCGUCCAUAGAAGUGGAGAAUCUGGAGGAGUUCUCAAUGCGGCCCGCCCCACGCAGCAUCACUAUCAAGUGCCGAAUCACACGGGACAAGAAGGGCAUGGACAGGGGGCUCUACCCCACUUACUUCAUGCACCUGGAGAAGGAUGACGGCAGAAAGGUGUUUUUACUUGCAGGCAGGAAGAGGAAGAAGAGCAAGACGUCUAAUUAUCUAAUUUCUGUCGACCCCACAGACCUCUCCAGGGAAGCGGAGAGUUUUGUUGGCAAGCUAAGGUCUAACAUGAUGGGGACAAAGUUUACUGUGUAUGACAACGGGACGAACCCAACCAAGGCACAGGGCCUGCUGGAGGAGAGUAAUGCACGUCAGGAGCUAGCUGCCAUCUGCUAUGAGACAAAUGUCCUGGGUUUUAAGGGCCCAAGGAAGAUGACGGUGGUAAUCCCAGGGAUGAACAUGAGUCAUGAGAGGGUGCCAGUGCGACCCAGGAACGAUCACGAGAGCUUGCUGACUAAGUGGCAGAACCAAUCCAUGGAUAACCUGAUUGAGCUGCACAACAAGGCGCCCGUGUGGAAUGAUGACACGCAGUCCUACGUACUCAACUUCCACGGCAGGGUCACGCAGGCCUCCGUGAAGAACUUUCAGAUCGUCCACGAGAAUGACCCCGACUACAUUGUGAUGCAGUUUGGAAGAGUGGCAGAAGAUGUCUUCACUCUGGAUUAUAACUACCCCAUGUGCGCCUUGCAGGCCUUCGCCAUUGGACUCUCCAGCUUUGACAGCAAGCUCGCCUGCGAGUGAGGGGCAGACUCGACACGCUAACACUAACCUACUUUGGACUGUUUUUUUUUUUUGCUUUU